AUGCUGAGGAGCUGCACCGCGGGACUUCGCUCCCUCUGGGCCCUGCGCGGCGGGCGGGAAGGCGUGCCUCGGCCAUCGACGGACCUACAACCCGCGCCGAGGUUGUUUUCUGCUGAGAAAGUCAUUCAUACGGACUGUGCUCUCCCCAACCCCAGCUGGAGCAAGGACCUAAAACUCCUUUUUGACCAGUUUAUGAAGAAAUGUGAAGAUGGUUCCUGGGAACGUUUGCCUUCAUAUCGACAUAGAUGUGCUCAAAUUAGUGAAGACUUCAAGAACUAUUUCCUUGAACAAAAGCCUGUGAAAGAAGGACGACUAUCACAGGUCCGGCUCUUCACCAGAGGCUUUGAGGAUGGCCUGGGCUUUGAAUAUGUGAUAUUCAAAAAUAAUGAUGAGAAAAGGACAGUUUGCUUGUUUCAAGGAGGUCCUUAUCUGCAAGGAGUACCUGGAUUCGUUCAUGGAGGUGCCAUUGCAGCAAUAAUAGAUACUGCUCUUGCUUUGUGUGCAGCUGUACCUGGCAAAGCUAUCAUGACUGCAAAUCUCAACAUCAAUUUUAAAAGACCUGUCCCUCUUUGUUCUGUUGUUGUGAUAAAUAGCCAACUUGAUAAACUUGAGGGGAGGAAAUUGUUUGUUUCCUGUAAUGUUCAAAGUGUUGAUGAGAAGACUGUAUACUCAGAGGCAACAGGUUUAUUUAUAAAGCUGGAUCCUGAAAAAAAGAGCUUCUAG